AUGGUGUCCACCUGGCUUUCGCUCCUCGGUGAGGCGACGCACACGCCAGAGGAGCCGCCGCCGCCCAACGCUUCGCAGCUGCUGGUCCCGAUGCCGCGUCCCGUGGUCAGCUUGGGCCUCGUGCAGCAGCUAGACGUCGCACUCGUCGCGCUCAUCGCCGCCAGCGCAAACCUCUGGUGGUGCGGGCGGCGGCGCGCGGCAGCUUGGCUGCUCUGCGCCAGCUUCGUGGUCCGCACUUGGCUGCAACAGCCAAUCACGGCACUUCUCCCAGUCGAAGCGCUGCCGCCCUUCGUCGACCUGCUCCGCUCCAACGCGCUGCGCUGCGCCUUCUUCGUGUUCGCGGCCCUCGUCGGCGCCUCCCCCCUCUCCUUCCGAGAAGGCACAGCCGCGCUCCUCGCUGUUGUGGCCGCGUGGCUCGUCCAGGCGGGCUCCUAA